AUGAUAUCUUCUCUCAUAAUAUUCAAUUACUCCUUUUCUGAUAAAUCUCCGUCGUGGAUACCUCAGUCAGGCGCACUCAUACAAAACGUCGAAGAAAUUAAUGAUUAUGACGCAGCAUGUAGUGGUUAUUCUGUUGGUCGAAUCCUCCGGGAGCAAAAAAGAGUUUUGGCAUCGGUACGUUCGGAAUUAGUUGAGUCUCAAAACAAAAUUGAAGAAAUUCGUGCUGUACAAGAAGAGCUACAAAGAUUAAUCCCGCAAAAACAACUGGAACUAUCAGCUCUAGAAGGAGAAAUCGAGGCAGCUCAAAGACAGUUGGAAGAGCUACGAGAAACACAAAACGUAAAAGUGUUUUUACCAUAUUCUCCUUUGGUACAUCCCAAAGUUUCCCAAGAGCUUCCUCAAGUUCCUCAUUCCAUUCUAAACUUUGAUGAUGUGAUAGAUUAUAGCCGCUGCUCGAUAUCAUCUUUUAUGCCAAUUUUUGUUGAUAGGAUAACGGAUGGAAGAUAUGAAAAAGAAUGGGAAAAUGUGUUCCGAAAAGCUGCUUCAGUCUUGACUGAGAAAUCGGAUGAGGCUUGUUUGAAAAUACGAAUUACGAACGGCAUCUUGGACACUGAUGAUAGCUAUAAUACGGUUUUAUUCAAUACGGGAAAUCCGCUCAAAGUGCUUCAGAAUCUAAAGUUAAUCAUGGUUCAAUCAUCCCAACUUCGCUCCUUUGAUCUCGCUGUCCUUGCAAACUAUACAUCUCCAAUACAACAAUCUCCAGUCCCAUUAUUACCCAUCAAACGGAAAUAUCUGAUUGGAAUGGUUGUGAGAGAGAAUUCGCGAAAUUUGGAUUUGUCAACACUGGAAGAUUCUGGCAAGAACACAUCACACAAGUUCAUCAUUAGAAAAUGCUACGAAAACAAGAACUCUAUUGAAUUCGGAUGUAUUCCCAUCAUUCUAUCGAUUAGCGCGCGCCUUCCAUUCGAGGAUCUUAUUGACUGGAGACGUGCUGCCCACAGACUCCCGAUUGCUCGGCUACCAGAAGCUCAUUUCAUCAUUCGAUCUUUUGAAACCAGUGAUAUUCUCGAAAUGCGUCGGAUUGGACGAACUUUCUUUGAAACAUAUAUGGCUGAUCGAAAGUCUAUUGCGGACAGUUUGAUCGCGGCACUUCGAUUCAAACUUCAAAUACCUACGUUAGAGACACGUUCCAAUCAAAAGAAUCAAGCAGUACCAUUGUUCAAUUCUUCGUUCACAUCUCCGAGAGGUUCAUUAGUGAAUGUUCAACCGAACUUUGAUGAUGAAUAUCUUCUCGGACCAUUGGAAUCUCGAGUGGAGUCUGUCUCUUUUGCGUAUAAUUUCACAGAGUUCCAAUUGUAUUCUUAUGAAAUUUGGAACACAGUAUACUCACCAUUCCGUUCGAAGGAAUUUAUUAUCAAUGCUGCUGAGCCUCCCGCGGAAGCUGAGUUCCAUGAAGAUACUAAAAUUGGAUUUCGUGCUAUAGAACCUGGAAGUGGUGUAGAGUUCAGUAAAGCACUCGGUGGGAAUCGUCAGAGAGAGCAAUUUACCGUUAUUUUAUUGACAUAUGAACGAGAUUCAGUUCUCGUCGGCGCACUUGAACGACUUCACCAACUACCGUAUCUGAACAAAAUUUUGGUAGUUUGGAAUAACAUUCAUCGAGAGCCGCCGGAUACAUGGCCGUCGCUUCAUGUUCCAGUAGAGUUCAUCCGAGUGACUGAAAACAGCUUGAAUAAUCGGUUCGUUCCUUGGGAUAGAAUAGAAACGGAAUCGGUGUUGUCAUUAGAUGAUGACAUUGAUUUGAUGCAGCAAGAGAUAAUUUUGGCCUUUCGAGUAUGGAGAGAAAACCGAGACAGAAUUGUUGGUUUUCCUGCUCGCUAUCAUGCUAGAUAUGGAGAUUCUAUGUUCUACAACAGCAAUCACACUUGUCAAAUGAGCAUGAUUCUCACUGGAGCCGCAUUCAUUCACAAGAACUACUUGUCGGCUUACACGUACCAGAUGUCUACAGCGAUUCGAGAUCACGUGGACAAAAUUAAAAAUUGUGAAGAUAUUGCUAUGAAUUUCUUGGUGGCACAUCUCACCCGAAAGCCACCUAUAAAAACCACAUCUCGCUGGACCUUAAAGUAUGAUGUACCUGAUAUUUAUAAAUCUAACUUCUUUCCAGAUGUCCCACCUGUACAGAAAGCCUGUUCAAGGCAGACUCUCACUUCGAAAAACGUCACGAGUGCAUACGACUGUUCACCAAAGUUUAUGGGUAUAACCCAUUGA